ACUGCCGCGCCAUGUACCUCCGCAGGGCGGUCUCCAAGACCCUGGCGCUGCCUCUGAGGGCGCCCCCCAGCCCCGCGCCGCUCGGGAAGGACGCAUCUCUUCGCCGGGUGUCAUCUAUCAAAUUCCCCGGAGCAUCUGGAUCAAAUAUGAUUUAUUACCUGGUUGUUGGUGUCACGGUCAGUGCUGGUGGAUAUUAUACUUACAAGUCAGUCACAUCAGAGCCAGCCAAACACACGGAACACAUAACAAACUUGGAAGAAAAAACGAAAGUGGAGUUACACCCACUUCAAGGUGAAAAAGAGAAUGUUGUGGAAGCUGAGGAAGAAAGUCCAGAAGCCCCUGAGGUAUCCGUCGUGGAAGCUGGGGUAGGAGGGGCGGAAGAACUGCCGGGCGCUACAACUGCUGUCCCAGGAGAGGCCACAGUCUGCCCAGAUGAUACGGAGCCUGCUCCGGUGGAAACAACCGCAGUCGAGGCUAAAGCUGGACCAGAGGUUACAGACACCGCAGCGGGUGACACCAUGACAGGUGACACCGCGACAGGUGAAACUGCAGAAGCCAGCUCUGAAACCACCCCAGAGGUUCCAAAUGCAGCCGCAGAUGAAGCUGUUGCCAUUGAUAAAGGCACAACAGAGCAGGAGAGCUCUGAUGAAUAUGCCAAACUAGAAGGAGAGAAUCCUCCAGCUGAGCCAGAUCUCUCUGCUGGGGCUGAUGUACAGGGGGAAGCCAGUGUGGGUGCUGAGGCUGCCUCCCCCCAGGGCUAGUCUCCUGCUGAGAUACUUCACAAAGAUGCUAUAGAGUGUCUGAUAGCUGCUCUUAUACUUUUAAUAAUCUUAGUUGUAAAAAGACUUCUUUUCAAGGAAACUUUAACAUGCCUUGAAGAUUGUUGGUAGGUAUUGAUAGAUUUUAGGACUGAGAGAUUUGAGGUUUUCUGUGUUUUCAAAGUUUUCUACUCUCUGAGAUCAGAGUGUGACUUUGCAGUGAAGAGCACAAAUAAUCUCAUCUUUGAAUUUAAGUUGUCUAUCGUAGGAACUGAGCUAUCUGUCCAGCCUAUACUCACUAUAAUUUUUGCUAUACUUUUACCUUAUUGUACUGUUUGCAGAUCUUGAGUUUGAUCUGAACUCAUUUAAAUAAAAUUAGAAAAUCUUUA